UGAUCAACUUCAUAAACAGAUUUAUGAAAUUGAAAAUUGCAUUCAACACAAUGUUUUAAAUCACAUCUCAAGUGAUAUGACUCUAAAUGCCUUAUAUUUAACACCACAAGCGAUGCCUAUUUUGAGGCCAAUCACCGACUAUCGAAACAAUUUGACUGAAUUAGAGGGCAAUCGCAUGACUGAACUGAUGAGUGCCGCAAAUGUGUUGACAAUAACUUUCGGCAAAAUCACGUCACAAGUGGACACAUAUAUGGACGCAAUGACUGCCAUCACCAGAAGCACUGAAGAUUUGGUACAAAGACUGGUCAUAAUGUGUAAGACAUUGACCGCAUUCAACACCAUUUGCCCCAACGAUCAGAUCGCGCUAUUAAAAUACGGGUCCAUUGAGUUGUGUUCAAUGAGACAAUUCACGGGCUAUGACCCCAACACACAAUACCUGGCUGUCCAUGCAGACAAAGAGACCUCAACUCUUGUAAAGUUUGAAGGCAUCAAAAGUGAGAGAAAGUAUUUGUAUGAGGCCUACAGACAGUACUAUCAGUGCAUUCAUAGUGAAUGGGAUUCCGAUGUCAUUAUCCUAAACCUAUUGACGGCAAUCGCACUGUUCAACCCGAAUCGACCAAACCUUUUGCAUAGGAAAGCAAUUAAACAAAACUAUUACGAGACGGACGUUGAGCUCAGGAAAUGCUGUACACAACUCGUCAAAGAGAUUAUGUCCGAAGAAAUUGAUGAUUAUUUCCCAUUUUUCAUAACUGUUGUAAUAUUCUUACAGGAGUUUAGCUGCCAUUUCGACAGCAAAUGUAGUGUGAACUUAAAGACCAGAAAGUUUUGUCGAUUCUGUCGAUUACAGAAAUGCUUUGAUAUCGGAAUGAGAAAAGGAUGUCUACUGACAGACAACGAGAAAGAUUUGAGACGAAAACGAUUACAAAUGAAAAGAGAAAAACUCAAAGAAAUCCGAGAAACCAAAGAAAGCGAAACUAUCAUCGACUCGACCACUACUGUCAUUAAAAGAGCCGCUGAUAUAGCCUUUGAAAGCACCAGUAGUUCAUCGGAAUCGUCACAAAACGACAUAACUGUCGAGGAAGGGGUCAUUUGCUUAAAUCACAGUGAGUUUGAGGAUAUAAUGACAGACCAUAUUUUGGAAAAGACAUCAACUUUCAUGCUAUCAGUGGUUCCCGUCGACCGUCCCCUCGAUGGCAACCAAACGUUCAAUGAAUUAGAGGCCAAUAAAUUGAGUGAAUUAUUGAUGGCAUCGGCGGUACUGAAGAGACCCGACUCU